AUGACCAUGAGGUGUCAAUACCCUCCAGGACCUCCAGUUAUAACUGGCUACGCCGAUGGCAGUGAGUACCGAGUUAUAGAAAAUACACAAGGACGAUUAUCAUGUUCUGUAACUGGUGGAAAUCCGGCACCAACUUUGACAUGGAACUGUAUCAACAGUGGUACCUUAGAAACAACCAGUGAUGGUACUGUUACCAAAACACAUGUAUGGACAGCUCAACGAAACCAAGAUAGGACCUGUACAUGCCGGUCCUUCCAUUACAGUGGUGAAAAAACUGUUUCUAUUAAAAUAGAAGUAUUGUAUCCCCCAACAACACCAACAUUCAGAAUAAGUUCAACCCAAGUCAAUGGCACAGUAAAAGUUAUCAGGAACAAGCAGUUAUCUGUCAGUUGUAUCAGUUCAGGAAACCCGCCACCAUCUUACACAUGGAUUAAUGCAGACAUGGCUACUACAAACAGACAAGACCUAAUUGUGAGCAGUGUACAGAACAAUGGAACAUAUACAUGUAAUGUAAGCAACUCCAUGAAUCCAUCGGUUGGCACUGCUGCAUCUGGAAGUAACACAUCAUUUAUAGAUGUUCUCAUUUUAUAUCCUCCUUCCAUUCCAAUGUUUAAUUACUGGAACAUAAGUGGGCCAAAUAUAUCAACAAGGGAACUUGAUGUGAUACGAGGUGAUACAUUUAAAGUAGCCUGUACAUCGAGUGGAGAACCAGCACCGGCGUACUACUGGGACAACCAAGGUCACAAUAGGAUACUUACAGUAACCAACAUUACUACAGAUCGUAGUAGUAUAUGUAAAGCUAGAAAUACAAUGCAGGAAACAGUUGGGCAGAUAUUAACAAGAUCAGCUACAGCUUCACUGAAGAUAAACGUACUAUAUCCACCAAGUGUUGUAACAUUGAAAUAUCAUAAUGGGGACAGUUCACUGGUUAGUAUAACAACAACUCUCAACAUUAGAGAAGGAAAUCCGCUCAUGGUUACCUGUAGCAGUGUCAGUAAGCCGCCACCUUCAUACACCUGGACCGGUACUGUUUCCGCCACUUCGGGUACAUUGAAAGUUGACAGUGCCGUUAGAUCUCACACUGGAAAAAUUACUUGUAACGUAGAAAACGUCAUGGCAAGGACUUUCGCUAAUCCAGACAAGACCAAAGUAGGAAAAACAAGUAGAGGUUUCAACUUACAAGUUCUAUGUAAUUACUUCAUUCUUGCUUUUUAUUUUAACUAUUGCACAUUCAUAUUGUGAUUCUCUAUGUCAAGUAUGCCUUCUGGUUUUUAGCUCACGUGACAGGCUGAGCUUUUGUGAUCACCCGU